UUUCCAUUUCGCUUGGCGUCCCCCAUCCGCACCCCAAGGAGAGAGAGAGAGAGAGGAAGAGGAAGAGGAAGAGGAACCCAACCCAACCCUCCGAUUCCCCUCCGGCCAACCCUAGCAGGCAGGCAGGCAGAGGCAGACCAGUAGGAGCAUUCGAGCCACAAUGCCGGCCACCGAUUCCUCGUCGGCGGCCGCUCCGCUCACCUCCAUCGGCCGCUCUAUCCGUUCCCUCCGCCGCGACCAGAUCCCUUCCUUCCCGCCCCCCUCAACCGCCGACCCCACCCACCACGCCUCCUCCGACCUCGAGCCCGACGCCUUCCAGCGCCGCGCCGCCGACCUCCUCAGCGACCUUCUCGCCGCCGACCCCUCCUCCCCCGACCUCCUCUCCCUCGCCUGGACGCGCCGACUCCUCGACUCCUUCCUCCUCUGCCUAGAGGAGUUCCGUGCGCUCCUCUUCGCCUCCGGGGCCGCCGCCGCCGCGCGCCCGCCGCUCGACCGCCUCGUCGCCGACUUCUUCGAACGCGCCGUCAAGGCGCUCGACCUCUGCAACGCCGUCCGCGACGGACUCGACCUCGUUCGCCAGUGGCGCAAGCACCUCGCCAUCGCCGCCUCCGUCCUCGCCUCCUCGCCCGACCCCGCCGCGCCGCUCGGGGAGGCCCAGAUCCGCCGCGCCCGCAAGGCGCUCACCGACCUCACCAUCCUCAUGCUCGACGACAGGGACGGCGGCGGCGGGGUCGUGGGCCAGCGUAACCGCUCCUUCGGCCGCGGGAACAGAGACGCCCGUGCCCACGGCCAGGGCCACCACCGCCGGAGCAGCAGCGGCGGGAGCUCAGGCGCCGGGUCCAGCAACCAUCUCAGGUCCUUGUCGUGGAGCGUGUCCCGGGCGUGGUCCGCGGCACGGCAGCUGCAGGCAAUCGGGGGAGGCCUACCGGUGCCCCGACCUCAUGACAUCGCCGCCACUGGAGGCCUCGCUUCUGCAGUAUAUACCAUGAGUGCUGUGCUGUUUGUCGUGGCCUGGGCGCUUGUGGCUGCCAUCCCGUGCCAGGACCGCGGCCUCCAGGCGCACUUCUCAGUGCCCAGGAACUUCCCAUGGUCUGGCCCCGUCACAACGCUCUACGAGCGCAUUCUCGAGGAGUCCAAGAAGAAGGAGCGCAAGAACUCGUGCGGCCUGCUCAAGGAGAUCCACCAGAUUGAGCUCUGCUCCAGGCACCUCAUUGAGAUCACUGACGCUGCAGAGUUCCCCUUGCCCGAGGAGAAGGAUGCUGAGGUGCGGGAGGCCGCACAGGAGCUAGUGCAGGUGUGUGAAUCCCUCAAGGAUGGGCUCGACCCGCUUGAGCGGCAGGUCAGGGAGAUGUUCCACCGGAUUGUGCGUACCCGGACAGAAAUCCUUGAUUGCCUGAGUAGGCCGCAUGGCACUGAGUGACGAGAUAGGCGAGAGGAAAGGGGCAAUUGUUUGUUGUGACGCCGCUUACUUGAACAUCGUGUGAAAUGCAGCGGCUUCACUGAUUGAAAUGAGGUAGCUUUUCUCUGCAUGAGUUAGCAACUACAUAUACAUGUGUCUGCAUAGAGGCGGUGCCUUCUGAUAAAUUGGUUCCUUUAUUUUUUUGUUUGAUUUUUUCAUUGUAGCUUGUGAAUCCUUACUUGGGCAGUGCUUCGUACUAAUGGUAUAAUACUAUUUGUUUCAUUCUUCUCA